UCUUCUCGUCGAUUUUUAAAGGUGUACCUUUAGACAUCUUUAUCGAUCGUUUUACACUGUAAUUUAUUGUGCGUCGGGCUACCCUUAAUGCCUGCCUUAUCAUUGUAACGGCAGUGGCACCAUGAUGCCUGCAGUCAGCACGCCAACCGCCCUACAGCCCAGCCCGCAACCCUCAGCGGCCGAUCUUGAAUUCCUCAGCGAACUCGGCAUCUCCUCUUCCACAUUUUCGCCGCGCUCCGACCCGCGCCGCCUCCGCACCCUGGUGAUCGGCUCGUGUGUGGCGGGGACCCUGGGCCUCUCGGCGCUCCUCGUCCCCUUCGUCGCCCCCGGAUUCCGCCGGGUGGCGCUGCCGUACCUCCCCGCCACCAGCACCCAGGUGCAGGCUAUCUUCCAGUUCCUGUCGGGAUAUCGUCCGCCGUUGCUGUCCAGUGCCACGGCCAACCGAAUCAGUGCUGAUGUAGCCAGUAUUAAUCCCCAGAAAAUGCAGUUCGCGCAACGCCCGCGGGAGGUGCAUGGCGACGCGGAGGAAAAUGCGGCGUGGAUCGCUGGGAAGAAACUGAUCGAUCUCGGUUCCGGUGACGGGCGACUGGUGUUAGCGGCGGCACAGCACGGAAUGCAAGCAACAGGCGUGGAAUUAAAUUGGUGGUUGGUGGUGUGGAGUCGUUUCCUACUGCUCAAGGAAGGCGCUGCACUGCGGAAACGCGCUGAUUUUUAUAUUCGGGAUAUUUUCAAGACGGAUGUGUCGUCCUACGACGUGAUCGUGUUGUUCGGCGUGGACGGGAUGAUGGAGCCGAUCCGGGAGAAACUGCAGCGGGAGAUGCGGGAUGAAGCGCUGUUCAUCGCCUGCCGUUUCCCGCUGCCGCAGUGUCGCGCCGUCCGCACCUUCGGUUCCGGCGUGGACACCGUCUGGGUCUACCGGAAGUCCGAUCUCCAGUGAACAACACCCGCUGCCACAGACAGUGGAGACGCGAAUUGACCUUAGAAAAUGUUGAGACAAAUUCUUCGCUGGCGGUGAAUUUUGUGGACGACGACUGGACGGAAAAUUGUACUAAUUUGAUUUUUCAUAUCACAUUUUGGGGAAUUUACUGCGUGACGCUCAGUGUGUGUAUGUUGUGCAGUACGAACGAGGUGCUGCAGGGCAUUUUUAUUCGAAACUCCGUGAUCAAAAACGCUAAAGCACUAUUUGUGAUUGACAGGAAAGCUCAUGCAAUCCGACGUCAUACAUAAUUGACGAAAAACCAAUUAAAAGCGACGCAGACAACGGGCAGACAAAUGGCGGAUUUAAUAAACAUUUAUUAUGAUUAAAACGCCAUCGUUGAGGAAUGAGGCCAGCACAGUUAUCACGCAGCAGAAAAAAAUCCGCAAAAUUCCUCUGUUGUGUAAAAUCGACCAGUUAUUUCUUCUUGGCCAGCAGCGCCACGAGGCCCAUCGCCCCCAACACCGUGGCCCCGCCCAACGCCACCAAUCCCAUCCCGAUGAGGCCACCUGCGGAAGAAAACAAAAUUAAUUUUGUAAUAUUAUUUUUUUUAUUUUACAGCUUUAGAUGCCUUUUUUAUUAAAAUUCCGAGCUUUUUGUUCCACUCUAUCGAGCGCUUGAUAAUAAAUUUUCAUUUUACUGCGGCAAAAAAGAGUACCGUGUGACUGCAACAUCGUACACAAUAAUUAUUUUUG